GCGAGGCAAGCCGGUACCAGUGGCACCGAGGGACUCGGUACCAACGGAACUCGGUCUCGAUCUUCGCCAACCUAUCCUUCCUACUCUCCUUCCAAACGGUUCUUCUUUUUUUUUUUUUUAUCAUCACGACCACGCUGGCCAAGCGAUCUCCAUCGAUCUCCGGUUCCUGAUCCGGUGUGCAAAAGUGCUCGUUGAAAUUGAAUUACGCGGCCUCGCCUGCGAACGAACCGUGGCCAGACACGAUCGAUCUUCUUUCUCCCAAAGAGAACUCACGUGUCGUGUUUGCCAGUGAACGUUUUUCUCGCGGUAGCUGCGGAGAAGAAAUAGAAGGAAUCGUGUCGUGUCGUGUCGUGUACGUUCGUUCGUUCGUUCGUUCAUUCGUUCGUUCGUCUGCCAGUGGAAAUUCUGCUCGAGGAGAGACGAGAAAAAUGGCGAGAGGCGGCUGCAGCGCGAAAACGACCAUGUUCGGACGUAGCAGAGCCAGGACGAUAGUCCUGGUCGGUCUGAUGCUGCUGACGCUGCUCGACACGGUGAACAGCACCCCUUACAAGAGGUCGUUGCUCAGGCUGUGCUCGAAAAGUCUCAGCGACGCUCUGUACCUCGCGUGCAAGGGACGCGGAUACAACGAGCCGUUUUCGUACAGCGGCGAGGACGAUCCAAUGGACUCCGUGGGUCCGGGACUCGCGGAGGAAUGUUGCUACCAUCAGUGCAGCUACGCCCAGCUGGAACAGUACUGCAAGCCGGACAAGUCCAGUUCCGUGGACGCCGUAAGGAGCCCGGUCUGGAUAAAACAAUACCCGUACCUGUCCGAGAGGUCGGCAGCCUCGUCGUCGUCGGAAGAGAGAUCGAGGUCGGACAACGACCACGUCCACGUCCACGGAACGGUCAAGUGUAAAAUCCACGGGUCGAAGGGGACACGAAAGAAGGGGGUUAACAGCGCGGACUGUGAGGACGACGCCGCCCCAGGCGGCUGCGAUGGAAGGAACUCGUCGAGGAAGCAUCGCGCCUGCCAUUGCGGCUGUAGGCAUCGACGCCAGAGGCGUCGUCGUCUUGGCAAGACGUUGGAGAGGACAUCCGGAGCGGUGAAAACGUUUGCUUCAUCGAGCAAAGACAUCUAAUUCUUCGACGAACCAUCGAAGCUUUUGAGAGAAAAAAAAAAAAAAAAGAAAAAGAGGUGGAAACAGAGAGAAAAAUCCAGCAAACCCAGCGAGGGCGCCAUUUUGAAGCAGCUCUCUCUCUCUCUCUCUUUCUCUCCCUCUUUCUGUCCAUCUUGGCAUCGAACUCUCUCGUGUUUCGACCUCUUCCCUUCUUCGUUCGUGUACCCGUCGAGAUAAUCGAAGAGGCCACGAGUUUUUCACAGUCGUAACGAAGAAAGAGAGUUAGCAAAAAAGAA